AUGGGCUGCCGGCAGACAGUGGUGGCCGCGCUGUUGCUGGCGGCAGCGCUGGCCGCGUGCGCGGCGACACCGGCGACGGCUGAGCGCAGGGUCUACAUCGAUUGGAUGCCCCGCCAUAACUUCUCCGGCUGGGCCAAGCUCAAUGGGCCCUUCUACAAGGGCGACUACCUCGCGUUCUAUCACCCGGACAAGAAGUUGGACGUGGUGGAGGUGGACAAACGCGGGUUCGACGUGUGCGACACUGGAAACCCUAUCCACCGCUACCCCGGCGGCGGUACUCGCCGCGGCACUACCUUCGUCCUGCUCAGCGAGGCCAAGUCCUACUACUUCACCUGCAGCGUCCGCUAUUUCUGCCCUGCCGGGAUGCGCCUCGACAUCCCGGUCCAGGAAAGGCGGCGCGACGACACGCCCGGCACCGCCAUGGUGGAGAGCAGCGCCACCUCACCGGUGCCUGGACCCCGAGGGAACUCGGAGGGCGAGAGAGACGGGCAGGGACGAGGACGAAGCGACCAUGGAGUACAAGGAACAAAAUGGGCAGACAUGGAGUCCCCCAGGCCCGGCCCGUAA